GCGGCUUCAAGCACUGGACGCCGUCGCUCUCGGCGAUCUCUGAGCAGGGAUCUACCGCGGCGGAGGUGGCGGGGAUCGAUACCAAGGCCAAGGCCUCCGUCUCUCGUCGGGUUCCUCCUCGUUCUCAGAGCGAGGACAACCGGUACAUGGAUGUUUCUUCAGUUGUUUCUGCAAUUUGUCCCACUGCAUAUUUGUUCUAGUACCUAAGUCAAUGUACAUAUAUGAUCAUAAAGAGCAUGCAUGUCUUCUUGCUUCUGGUGUUCUAGGGAUCAGACUUAUGUGUAUUUUUGUCCAUUCUCUUGGCAAUACGAGUUUCUACUGAAUUGUGUAGACAUUGGAACAUCACCAAUUGAAGUCCUGUUCAAGUCUGUUCCAUAUGCAACAUGUAAAAAAAUUGUUAAUUGGGACAUCACCAAUUUGAAGUCCUGUUCAAGUCUGUUCCAUAUGCAACAUGUAAAAAAAUUGUUAAUUGGGCUUGUUCAUUCUAUAGACACAACUCUAAGACUAUUUUAAAUUAAAAAUUAAACUGGAUAAAUCCAAGACCAAGUAAUUGGUUCUUACUCUAUCUAAACAAUAUCAAUUUAUAAAGAUUACUUAUAGCAUAUGAUAACUUAUUCUAGAAAUAAUAAUAAAUUGCUUUUCUUUACAAGGUGCUAGUUGCUUCCAGUUGUUUCUUAAUAUUAUAAUUUAUAAAACAGCCAAAAGACAGACUUCAUUACCAUAUUUAUUAAUCCACAAUGAGCCUUAGAUUUCCCAAACAAUUAUAAUUCAUGAAUGAAAUCAUGCUGAAUAAUGCAAAACUUCCAUAGCCAUGAUCAUGGAUAUGAACAAGCUCUGUUGUGGCCCCUCUUGAUCUUUUAUUGGACCACCUGCCUUCCAUCUCCACACCCCUUUCCUAGCAUCAAAUCUUCUCCCCAUCUCUAUAAAUUCCCAUCCCGACUCUGGUGAACAAAUCAGCUCAUGAGCUUGUGGUGGGUCAUGGAAGGCCAGAAGCAGCAGCAGCAGCAGCAUUCCAAGUCUAGGGUUGUGAAGGUGAACUCAGAGGAGUCAUGGAACAUGUUCAUCACCCAAGCCAAGAACCAAGGCUGCCCUGUUUUUGUCCACUUUGGUGCCUCAUGGUGUGUUCCAUCUCUUGCCAUGAAUGCAUUCUUUGAGGAGCUAGCCAUGACUUAUCAGGACAUCCUCUUCAUCUUGGUGGACGUUGACGAAGCCAAGGAGGUGGCUUCCAAGAUGGAGGUGAAGGCAAUGCCAACAUUUGUUCUGAUGAGAGAUGAUGGCACAGUGAUGGACAAGGUUGUUGGGGCAAAUCCGGAGGAGAUCAAGAAGAGGGUUGAUGGCUUUGUCCAAUCAUUUCUCAGCCCAAAAAUUAUUGGAUGAAAGAGAAGAGAAAAUUUUAGAAAAAAAAAGUUUAACAAUAAGACUUGUUUCUUGUCAGUAUGUGAUAAUUGUUUGGCUGUGUUAUGCUGUAAUUAUAGUGUAGAAUGUUGUGAGUUUGUCACAGGUGUUUAUUCCUAUCCAUAUCUGAUGUGUAUUAUAUAUAUAUUUUCAUAAUUAUCCUAAAAUUACUUGUUUAAUUAUUGUUCUA